GUCUCCUUCAUCUUGAGCUCAUAAUCAACAUCGAUCGGAGCUUCACCAUAACUCAGGCAAUAUGUUCCGCUUCCACAAAACACUCGAUGUGAUCACCCUAUUCCACAAAGCCAGCUCUCCAGCUUCUCUGCGGGUCCACGCUCUUCUUAAGCAAGCAUCUGCCAAUGCUACCGAGUAUGCUACACAAGACCAGGCCAGUGACCAUUCUGCCCAAACCUCGCCCAAGCGACAGGAAUUCGAGCUCGAUGUGACGGAGGAGCUUCCAACUCCAGAUCAGCUCAAUAGUAUUCUUGACUAUGUGGGAGCGCAGAAAGCUGGAACGGUCGUUGCGGGUGCGAAGGACAAGGAAGACGCCAUCAAGAAGAUGAGAAUAAACAAGGACAGCUUCCAGAGGCCUCUGACGGUUGAUUGGAACAACGGACGAGCAGUGGCGGGGGAUAAUGAAUCGGAGAUUUUGAAGAUGAUCAACUCCCUUCCUAAGUAAAUACCAACCUGUAUCUGUAUAUUAAAGCAUACAAAGAGUCUUCCGCUUUGGUCUUAAUGGGCCAGCUACUUCACCCCAAGGUUUAGGGAGGUAGUCGUGAUAAGAUUGCCAUGCUCAAAAGCAAUCACACGAUAUGGCUUAUAAUUACAUCUUCACAUUGUAACCUAUUUCAUACUCAUAAGGGUGGAUUAUGUCAAGAGUUCUUAUCUAUGGG